AUGCGUAUCCCAGCAGUGCUCGGGGUACUCUCCACUCUUUCCUUUGUAUUCGCCUCUGACUACAUACCAAGCCAUCGAUAUCAUGAUGCACACAAGCGGGCUUUGAACGGAACCAAUACCACAACAACGACCAACACUACGGAGUAUGAUUAUGUCGUGGUUGGAUCCGGCCCUGGAGGUGGGCCCCUCGCAGCGCGACUGGCUCUUGCUGGGUACAAGGUCCUCCUCCUCGAUGCGGGAGAUGACCAGGGCAAUGCCACGAGACAGAUGGUGCCUGCCCUUCAGCUACAAUCUACAGAAUACGAGCCGAUGAGGUGGGACUACUUUGUCAACCACUAUUCAAAUUUGACUCGCCAGGAGGAAGACUCUAAGAUGACAUACCGCACUCCAUCUGGAGAUCUUCAUGUCGGUAGCGGCGCGCCAAAUGGAUCUGAUCCUCUCGGCAUCCUCUACCCUCGUGCUGGUACUUUGGGUGGUUGUUCUGCUCACAAUGCCAUGAUUACCAUCUACCCAUACGAUAAUGAUUGGGAGAACAUCGCAGCUCUUACCGGCAACGAAUCCUGGUCUGCUUCUAAUAUGCGUGGAUACUUCGAGAGACUGGAGCGCAACAGAUACCUACCGAGCAGCCUUGUUGGCCACGGAUUUGAUGGAUGGCUCACCACAAGUCUGACGGACCUGCGUCUUGUCAUCGAAGACCAAAAGCUCCUCUCAUUGAUUUUGGCUGGCGCAACUGCUGCGGGAACAAGCCUUCUGGGCAAAAUCAUUGACACAGUGACAGGCCUUGCAGGAGUCCUCUUGCGUGAUAUGAACAACGAUAGUCCCUUGCACGACUAUCAAACGGGUCCAUUCCAAGUUCCACUCGCCGUGGAUGUGCCCGAAUACAAGCGAACUGGGCCUCGGGAUUUCCUUUUGCAAACUGCUAAUGCCGUCAACAAUGACGGUUCUCGGAAAUAUCACUUGGAUAUCCAGUUGAAUACACUUGUCACCAACGUCAAGUUUGAUACCACUGGUGCAAAGCCUCGGGCUACUGGAGUAGAAUACCUUCAGGGACAGAGUCUUUACCGUGCGGAUCCUCGUGCCUCGAUGAAGUCUGGUGGCAUUCCUGGUAGCGUUAAUGCCGCCCGUGAAGUUAUCCUAUCUGCAGGCUCAUUCAACACCCCUCAGCUGCUGAAGCUCAGUGGCAUUGGUCCCAAGGAGGAGCUGAGCAAGUUUGGUAUCAAGACCCUGGUGGAUCUCCCUGGUGUAGGUGCCAAUCUCCAGGACCGGUACGAAGUGGGGACAAUCGGCAAGUCACCAACCGAUUUUGUGCUCACUGAAAAAUGUACUUUCAUGUACACUAUGCCAGAUCCCUGCCUGGAGCAAUGGGAAAAUGAUCCUUUGUGGAAGGGCACUUACAGUACCAACGGCAUUGCCAUUGCGAUUCUUAGAAAAUCAUCCGUCGCCGAUGACGAGCCUGAUCUGUUCAUUUCGGGUGCACCCGCGAACUUCCCUGGCUACUACCCCAACUACUCCUACGAAGGUCUCAAGGAUGCUCAGCACUGGACUUGGAUUACCUUGAAAUCUCGCAGCCGCAACAACGCCGGUACAGUUCAGUUGCGGUCUACCGACCCCCAGGAUACUCCUCUCAUCAACUUCAACUCGUUUGAUACCGGUGUGACUACAGAUGGUGCCGAUGACAAAGAUCUUCAGGCUGUCUAUGAGGCUAUGGAGUUCUCUCGCUCUAUCUUCGAGGACCUGAUUCCCCUAGAUGGAGGCUUUGAAGAAGUCUGGCCUGGUCCCAAUGUUACUGCAGAGUCUGACCUGAAGGAGUUCAUCAAAAGGGAGGCAUGGGGCCACCAUGCUUGCUGCACUGCUGCUAUUGGAGAAGAUGGUGACCCUGAUGCUGUACUGGAUGCAGACUUCCGUGUUCGUGGUGUUGAUGGUCUGCGCGUUGUCGAUGCCUCGGUCUUUCCCAAGAUUCCUGGUUACUAUAUUGCCUUGCCUAUUUACAUGAUCAGUGAGAAGGCUGCUGAAGUCAUCAUCGCUGAUGCUGCAUAA